GCUGGGAAACGUGCACAGAAUCCUGGUACUGGGAAGAAACUACGCUUUUCUAUACAAACAAGUAGAGACACUGGGAAAUCAUGCGGUUCAGCAUCCUCUUCUUCAUCGUCCUCCUGGGAUUCCUCUACCUCACACUGGCACAAGGCUCGUAUGAGGACUGCUGUCUGCAGUAUGUCAAAAAUAUUAAACCGUCUACGAGGAACAGAGUGAUCAGCUACAGAAAACUAGAGCUGGACGGAGGCUGCAACAUCCCAGCUGUUGUCUUCACAAUGAAACGUGGCCGUAUGAUUUGCACCGACCCCAGAGAAAAAUGGGUCCAUGAACUCAUGCAGAGGGUGGACAGACUAACAAGGGUCUCAUUUAUGAAGAGGAAGAAUUUAAGGGGUUAAACAAACCAGCGGCAGCCGAGAGAGGACCAGAGGGAAAGCAGCCCGAGUGUCUCGGCCAAUCACAUCCUUUCUUUGAGAUCUGGCUCUCCAAGCGUUUCAGCAUGGAUUGUGAUAGUCUCAGUACUUCCGGUGUUCCGUCCUGUGCUCUAUCUGGUAUCAGGUGGCAUUUCCUGUUUCCAGACUUUUGUCGCUUCACUGACGGACUGCUGGUUAAAUGCUCAGAAUGGGAGAUGGCCAUUAUUUUCCUUUUCCACAUGCUGCUGUUGCCCUCUGUUAUAAAACCUUGUGAGCUGCCUGCUUAGAAAGCCCAGAAGCAUACUUUGGUUUAGCGCAGGCGCACAGUCAGCAGUUUGUUGUUGUUCUUAUUCAGUCUCCUCCGUUUCUUUUCCAACUGUGAAACAACGGCCUGGUUCAGUGUACUAAUUACUGCAAAGUGCUGAUGACGAAAAUACCCUAAAAAUACCAUAGUGUUCGCAUAAAAACAGAAUUGUAGCUAGGCUCAAAAGUGGCUCUGCAUUGUAAUCAACUCAAUCAGCGCUCAUGUAAACCGCAUUUAAAUUACAUUAGGCUACAUUUAAAUUACUUUUACUGGUACUUCUCUGUAUUUAAUAAAAUGUAUAUUUAAAUUCCUUCCGCUUUGUCCGCCAUAUAGCAAAGCGUGAAAUGCUGCUUGAACAUACUGACUACAUAGGCAGCUCACUAGGUGUGUAUAGCAUCACCUUGAGGGUCGUAUUAAGC